GCGGGUAAGAUGGUGGAGGCUGCUUACCCUCAAGAUUUUUCGUGUUGGCUGCACAGCGCAUGCCCUCAAUUUAGCACUCGAGGACAUGUACAAGCAGCUCGGUUGGUUGGUGGCGGUAGUCGACGCCAAGAAUGCAGUCGGCAAAUUUUUUACGAAUGUGGAUAAGGCGAGGGCUUUGUAUGACAAAUUCUCGCCGAAUUUGAAGUUAAAGCGGCCAGCGGUCACCCGAUUCGCCACAAGUCAUGACAUGCUGGCUUCAUUGCGGAGAGGGAGGAAUGCACUAGAGAAGUGUGUCCGCGACACGGCGUGGGUGGACAAGAUGGUGAGGGCAGAUCAACUCGCUGCUUUUCGUGAGGUCACCUCCAUCGUGCUGGGACGGGACGGGUUUUGGGACAAGGUUGACAAGGCCCUCAUAGUGAUGACUCCUGUUGUGGAGUUGUUGCUCGUGGUUGACGGGCCAGGCGCGACAAUGUCGAAGGUCUAUUUCAAGAUGGAUGCACUCGUCGAGAGAAUGCGUGGCCUCGACUGUGUCACCCCGGGUGAGAAGGCCGACAUCGAGGACAUUCUGAUGCAUCAGUGGUCCUUCAUGACGAGCGAGCUGCACUGCACGCCUUCCUUCCUUGAUCCGGAGUUCCGGCACAGUGCAUUGUCACAGCGGGACCGGGAGGAGGAGGUCCACAUCCCUUGGGAGGAUGACCAACCGGUGGAGGCGGAAGUUGAGGAGUGGUAUAACACGUGGGUGGUGACGGCAAUGUCCAAUAACGCUGACGCAGCAAACACACCCGAUGACGCGGAGGUGGAAGAGGAGGAUGGAGACGAGCCACUUAUGCGAAUUUGGCUGCGAAAUGACGAGAGGGAUGACGAAGAGUGUGAGGCGGAGGACAUAGCCCUCUUGGUGUUGUUCACGGAAGAGGAACGGGCACAAGAACAGGAGGCACGAGCUGCAGGAACAUGGGUGGACGGUGCAGGGGAUGCAUCCACCAGCAGAAAACAUGGGAAAAAGAGAGUGCAACGGGAGGACGUGGAGGAGGUGGUUCUGAUGACGAAGCGGAGCGACGCGGACCAAGGGCCGAAACACAAGAGGGGCCAACCAUCGAACGCGGAGCUGGCAAAAAGGAAAGCCCAGAUAGUGGAAGCGAAGGCCGCAAAGGCAGCUGCUGCAGCAGCAGCAGCGAGAAGUGCAACUGCCAGAAAGGGGAGGAAGAAAAAGGCGCGCAGCAAUGUCAUUGACGAUGGCAAAAGCGGCGACGAUGCGGCAGCAUUAGUUGACAAUGAUGCAGCAGCAGCAAGCGAUGAGGCGGCAGCAGCACCUUCGUCGGCAUCCUCAUCUUCCUCGUUGGACGAUGAGGAUGCCAAUGGGAGCGGGGUGGAGUCCAUGGAACACAAUGAACGAGACGGGGACGACACAUGUGAGAGUUCAGAGGAAAGCGAGGGGCGAUCCGGGAACGGACCGCAGGUGCGCGAUGCGCGCGCACCUGCCGCGCGCGCAUGGGGCAUAGCGCAUGUGCAGCACAUAAAUGCGCCGCAAGUAUGAUCAAAUCUAAUGCCAGAAACACAAAGAUUGAGAGUCUACUAAAUGAACAAGGAAUCCCAAC